AUGUGUGAUUACACCCAGGUUCACUACAAAUGCUCUCAUAUCCGAUAUACAGUGAGAGCAUGGUGCAUAAAAUACCAGGAGACACAUAAGAGAUGCCCAGCAAAUGUAGUUGCCAUAGAAUACCGGCUCGACCAGAACUGCGGUCCGUUUCAAUCGUCCAAAUAG